AUGGAAAAUGAUCAUGACUAUGUGGCAAGUGGUAGUAGUUCACCAACCAUCGAUAGAACCCGGAGAAUACUUACAAGAUUAAGGAAUACCGACCACAAUUAUGUCGUAAAUAACAAUACUAACAACAACAACCACAGUGAAGGUGGUAGCAGUUAUAGCACCUCCAGUAGUGGUUACAGUCGUAUAAUGGAUGAGGAUGUGUUCUUAGACGAUGAUGAUAAUGGCGACGAUGAUGAUGUGGAUGUGGUUAUAGCAACGGCAUCCGUGGGACUAGAGGAAGAAGAUGAUGUAUCGGCAAGUCAAAGAUCUGCUACGACAUCGGAAAUUUCAAAUAUUACCAGGACAACAAGUGAAAAUGAUCAGCAAAGCUCAGAGACAGGUUCGACGGAUAAUGUUCCUACAGCAACAUCAACAACAGAUGCCGAAUCGGAUGCAACAAAUGGAGGAGAUUCAGAAACGGCAUCAGUUAUAUCUAGAAUUACAGAAGAUAGUGUUUCCACAGUAGCGACAGAAGCAGCCGAAGCAAGAUUACCAGUGCCCUCAUUUUCCUCGGCGGCACCUGUUUUAAGACAUGACGGAGAUAUUAUUAGUUUAGAUACACCAUCACCAGCCAAAAAACGUAAACGCCUAUCGUUAGAGGAAAAAAGUGGUACACCAAAAGUCAAAACAAAGAACGCGGACGAUGAUGACGACGAAGAUGAUGGCCUUACGUGUCCCAUCUGCCUGGACAAUUGGGAAAUGUCAGGAGAACAUAGACUGUCCUCACUGAAAUGUGGCCAUCUGUUUGGUGAGUCAUGUAUACGACGUUGGUUACAGGAAAGUGCCCGCCAGUCGGGCCUUAAGGUCUGCCCCCAGUGCAAAACAAAGGCCCAUCCCAAGGAUAUACGAUAUUUGUAUGCCAAACGUUUGCGUGCCAUUGAUCGCAGCGAGGAACAUCGCAUGCGCGAUGAGUUGCUGCAGGAACGUAGCAAAAACCAAAAUCUAGAAUUAGAAUUAGCCACCCUGAAGUGUUCCCAUGCUCAAGUGGCACAACGAAUCAAAAUGCUAGAGGCUGAAAAUGAUGCACUUAAGCGAACGAUUCGCAAAGGGGGUGUAUCUACUUGGGAGAGUGGCAAAAGUGGCGCAACAUACCGUCUGUUUAUGGAGAAAAAUGUUGAACUGUGUCGGGAAGCCGGUUGCCGUGUCAUGAAGUAUGUUGAGCAGCAGCAUGCCCUGUUUGUGUCACAGAAGAGUUCUCCCGGACUGUUUCCCGGCUACGGGAUACGUUUUGUUGACACACCCACAUUUAAGCCCUCCACCUUCCUGCAUACCUCAGUGCGAAUGAUCAGGGAUAUAAGCCUGUCGCAGGAUGAACAAAUGGUGGCUGUGGCCAGCAUGGAACCAAAAGCAAAGCUAUUCGACUUACGCUCACUGCAAGCAAUAUCUGCAUUCAAUCCCGACGAAAAACCCUUGUGGUCAUGUGCCAUCGGAUGCAAGGACAACAAUAACUACCUCUAUUUAGGCUCACAACAGGGCACUACAUAUAUUUACGAUAUACGCAAUACGGAAACGUUCCUCGCUGACUAUCAGACCGAGGGUGGUCCGGUGAUACAGAUUGAAGCUGUGCCCGAAAGUGACAUGUUCCCCUGUGGCGGUUUCAUUAUAUGUAAGCUGAACUCAUUGUGGUUCUAUGAACACCUAAGUGGAGGCGGUGCCAAUCCCACUCGAUUGUCUGUGGAGGGUCGUCUCAUAUCAAUGAAUUAUGAGGCGGAAACAAACAACCUGUUGAUACAAACCCGCAGUUGUCAACGAUUUCCACAGGCCCGUCACAUUUUGGGGAAAUUGAAAAAAGUCGAUGGCAUUCCAGUAUUCGAACUGAAUGUGACAUUUUUUGCUCACACCAGUAGCCCGGUAAUGGUGCGUUCCACACAAAUUGCCGUAGACACGAAUACUCUGGUCGCUGCCUACAUACAGGAUAAGAAAAUGUUAUCGAUCUACGAUAGCUGUUCUAAAUUGUGUGUACAAUCGUUGCCAGUGCAGGAUGUGGUCUAUGACGCAUGUCCGAUUUAUGUGAAAAAUCAAAUCUAUCUGGCAGCAUUAACCGAAACCAAAUGUAGGCUAUAUAAGUUGACGAUUUCAAGUUAG